AACGUUUUUAACUUGUGCAUACAUUCGAUCGUUGGUCAUAAAGUACUUACGGUGCUUACAGGAAGAGUCGAACGGUUUAUUAUAAGGAUGUCUCUCGACCAGCAAUUUGAGGCGGCUGCUGCAGCUGUAAAGGCACUUACGAAACGGCCUACCGACGAGGAGCUUCUAGAACUUUAUGGUUUGUUCAAACAAGCUACAGUUGGCGAUAAUAACACAUCCAAACCCGGUAUGCUGGAUUUGAAAGGAAAAGCAAAGUGGGAAAGUUGGAACAAGAAGAAGGGCGUUUCACAAGAACAAGCGAAACAAAAUUACAUUGAUUAUGCCAAUCAAUUGAUUGAAAAAUAUAAAUAAUUUUAUCUACCCUCUCUUUAGGAUAGUUGCGUUCCUGUUGCAAUAUAAAUAUAAGAAAUAUAUUUUCAUGUUUUCUGUUCUUAAGUAAUCUUAUUACUUACUGAUAAAAUUAAACGAUUUUCGUUACAAUUCUCUCAUAUUGUAUAAUAUUCAAAUCAUAUUUCAAAUAUUAUACAAGACUGGCGAUUAAAAAAUAAAGAAACUGAUAAAAUACAUAUACUGCAUCAUAUUUGAGGUGUGCGAUUAAUUAUUGUGUCAAUAAAUUAUUGUUCUAUAUAAUAUCCUCGAAUUGCGUUUCUCAUUUAUCUGACACAAAUCAUAUUCAUCUAAGCUGUGGUGAAAGCAUUUAAUGACCAAUAAUGGAACAAAAAUUUUGUUCUUCUUUGGUCAAUUAAAAAGUUCUAGCACUUACAGCAUCAAGACGAAUACAGCCACACGAUCUAUUCAUAUAACUGCAUCAAAGGCAGUUUGUUUAAAUUACUGUUGUUUUAUUAUAAAUUAUAAUGAAUGCAACAAUCUAUUAUAUAAAAUAUUUCCAUUUUAUUUAAUUUAAGUGUAUAAAACAUUUCUAUGCUAUAUGAUUGAUUUUUAUGUGUGUAUGGAGUAUAUUUAUUUUAUUAAAAUAGAUUUCUUAAAA